AUGACUAGGCUCCGCGGAGGUUCGAUGGAUUCUCCAGACACCGCGCCGUCCUCCGGCCACAGACGAUCGCACAGUUAUCGGUCAAAGCUUCCGUCCAAUGCACCUGAGGUUAUAAAGCAGAAUACCAUUGAAGUCUCAGACCCCUCGCGAGUGCUUCCACGCUAUCGAGAUGACCGAAGACGCAAAUUCAACGGGUUGGUGCGAAGAUAUAAGGCGCAACUACUUCAUGGCUGUGACAACCCCGGCUGCCGAAAUCCCACGUGUGCGAGUAGUCGCCGGAGAACCAGCGAAGGCCCAUAUCGUCGAUAUACCGAUUUGAGUGCGCGGACUCUCGCUUGCUAUCUAGCUAGCUUGGACAAUGCGGAGGCCGGCUUAUGCCUCAACACACUCAAACCCACGUCGCAAUUUGAAUCGUUGGAUCUGCAUCACAUUUCCCUGCGCCGAGCUCGAUUCUUCCAGAUGGAGGAAGCCGGGAUCUCGACGUCGCCAAACGCACCCCCAGAAGGUGGAACACACACAACACAUCAGAUUAGCCCUCCAAAAUAUACCCCACGCCCAACAGGCGCUCCGAAAAUAGCGUCGCCGACUGUCAGGAGCAACAGCCAGCAGGAGCUUGAUCGCAUUCAAUGUGAACAAGUCGAUCGUAUGCCGGGGCUGGAGCCCAAGGACCCCAAAUCCUUUACGCAGAACUUGUUCGAUACACUUUCGCUCAGGAUGGUUGAAUGGCUACCCCUUCGUCGCCCAACAGGUCCUUCUGAGCCAAGGAUUGAUCUUCAACCCUCGCGGGCUACGAGUCCAUUUGCGGUUGCGAAAGAUGCUCUCGGCGACAAGACAAAAGACAAGCCAAAAAGGGAAGAAACGAGAUCUAUGAAAUCAAGUCGCUCAGAUUCCCAACCUCGUACCCCGUCAUCCCGAACAUCAGGGUCUCAGCCAGCUGCAGUAGAAGUCAAGGUCCAAAACCAACAUGUCAAACGAGUAUCAAUACCCGAAGUUGAAAAUUGGCAUCAAAGUCCAAGAACAAGUCUCGAGGAGAAAAGGAAGCCGGAGUUCAACAAGAUGAUUCCAGUGGGCACGGAGGAAUUUCAUCCCCUCCCCUCCCCUCCAGCAUUAAAGCACCGUCCGCAAAAGCAUCGUGGAAGGAUCGACGAAGUCGAGUCCAUCCCUCUGAAAGAUAGACGAAAAAGCCAACGACGUGUUUCUUGGGACAGUGAGAAGUUGCUCAAUGAGAUUUCUCCUGUGAAGAGCCCAGCAGGCACACAUAUCAUGCCUCCCCCUUCUUCACCACCCUCUCCUCCCCCUUAUUCCUCUCACACUCUAAGCGGACACAACCCAGAACAGGUCUCCGUUGAAGAGCUUCCAGACAUCAUCCCGCUCGCCCAAACCAUCACUCACCUUACCCCGGACAUCAUCCAUGGCCUCUCCAAGGUGUUGAUACAAACAGAGGAUGACGCAGAUGCUUGGAGAGAAGAACUUGAUCAUAUCCAAUGCACUGGAAGCUUUGAACAACCGGAAUGGCGCUUCGCUACUCUGCGACAGCGCGAAGCAUUUCCCUUCAUCGCCCAAAGCACAUUCUACGUGCUAAGUAGUCCUCAGCAAAUAUUGCGUUCGUUUGGUACCGACUCUGGAAAUACGAACGGAGCCAUCUCCAAUCGUCUGGAUGUUUCGCACCUGCGUGUGUCAUUGCAACGCCUGUUUUCGGUUUGCCCGUGGGAUGUUGCUCUACACAGCGUGUGGAGCUCCUUAGAUACACUCUUUAUUCCUCCUAAUGGAUUCACUUCCUCUGGACGACCCUCUCGCCGAUCUUCUCGAAGCUCCACCAUGUCUGGGCCUGCAUCCUCGGUUGUUCCCCGCCGCAUUUCUGCGUCCGCCAACGAAGAUUAUUUGUCCGAUCCCGACGCAGCGUACAUCUCAACAAUUGCGUUGUUUACAUUGGUCAGCUCCAUGCCAAAGAUCGACUCGGUGACAUGGCGAGCAGUCGCACAAAUGCGCGCUAAUGGUUCCGUUGCCUCAUUCUCGGACAUGGGCAAGCUCCCGUCCCAGAAUGCCGAGCAAGCUGUCGAAGUGACGGACAGGUUCGAACAUGAGUUGGGCCUGCGCUUGAUCGCCCGGCUUGUGCGAGUCAUCACUGCACGACUGGCAUAUCAUGAGAUCUCGAAAACACGCUACGCAUAUCAAGUCGAUCAGCCCAAACAGCGCAGGACGAGCGUGUUAGACCGCGUGUUAGACUACCUCAGUGAGCAAUACAACUCGCAUGUCACCAGCGGCAAUGACUCUGACGAUUCAAUCACCCCGGCGGUGCUCAUCGUUGAAUGGCUUCGGACUCUCUUCUUACGUGAAUGGGAUGGCAACCCAGAUAUGGCUCGCAGUAGCCCUGCCGGUGGUGCGGUUCAGAUCCUUUCAUCUAUGUACAAAGCACGAGCCAGACUUGGUCUUUCUUCUGAAGAUUUCCACACCCCCCUUCUCACAGAGCGGCUGGACCCUCUGGACAUGCCUGUGGCAUGGGUGGGGAGAACUUCAAAUAACCGAAGGAUGCAUCUCUUGUCAUAUUCAUUCCUCUUCCCCCCUUCCUCCCUUGUCAUCUACUUCCGUGCCUUGAACUAUUCUGCCAUGACAAAGUCUUAUGAGGCUGCCAUGACCACCACUAGACAUGUCACCCAGACAGCUUUCGGUGCUAUUCAAAUUCCGGAUGACCCUCGACUCCUCACUCGUUUGAAAACAUCCAUGUCAACAUAUUUUGUUCUCGCUGUGCGCCGCGAUAACAUACUUUCCGAUGCCCUCAGUCAACUGUGGCGACGUGAAAAGCGAGAACUUAUGCGACCACUGAAGGUACAGAUGGGCAUGGACGAAGGAGAAGAAGGGCUGGAUCAUGGUGGUGUUCAACAAGAAUUCUUCCGCAUCCUCAUGGGUCAAGCCUUUGAUCCAUCCUAUGGCAUGUUCACGGUGGAUAUUCGACAUCGGGUGUCGUGGUUCCAGCCCUGUUCACUAGAGCCGCUCUAUAAAUUCGAACUCAUCGGAUUGUUGAUGUCCAUCGCAAUUUACAAUGGCCUGACACUUCCACUCAACCUCCCUAUCGCUUUCUAUCGCAAGGUUUUGGGGUUGAAGGUGAAGCAUUUGGACCACAUUGAGGACGGCUGGCCCGAACUCAGUCAGGGCCUGAACACUUUACUGACAUGGAAUGACGGCGAUGUUGAGGAUAUCUUCACUCGCACCUACGAGUUCAGCUUUGAGGUCUUUGGAAGCAUUCAGACUAUAGAUAUGCACAAGGUCGGCCGUGAUGCUGCGUGGCCUGCCAAACCAAAGAAUAAUUCAAAAGCGAAGGGCAGUCAAAAUUCUCGCAACUCUGCAUAUCCUGUUCCAUCCAAACCCAUUAUAGCGGACCCCACCAACGCCACAACCUCUCAUUCCAACUCACCUGAACCUUCCAAGUCAGAUGCUGAGGGCUUUUCUCGGUCCCCAACACCUUCACUGGAUGAAGCCGCUCUUGUGACCAACCAGAACCGACACCAGUUUGUCAAAGACUACAUCUUCUGGCUCACGGACAAGUCUAUUCGACCACAAUUUGAGGCAUUCCAAAGGGGUCUUAGCACGUGUUUGGACCGAUCAGCUCUGUCCAUAUUCUCCCCUGAAGCACUCAAAAUGGUCGUGGAAGGAAUCCAGAGCAUCGAUGUUCAGGAGCUGGAGAAGCACACCCGGUACGACGGUGGCUUUGGGCCGAAUCAUCGCGUGAUUCGUGAUUUCUGGAGCAUUGUCCAGGACUAUCCAAAUGAAAGGAGAGCUCGAUUGCUUGAGUUUGUGACUGCUAGUGACCGUGUUCCUGUCAAUGGAGUCUCGAGCAUCAUGUUCGUGAUCCAAAAGAACGGUGUGGGUGAUCUGCGGAUUCCUACAAGCUUGACUUGCUUCGGGCGUUUGCUUCUACCGGAAUAUUCAUCUAGGGAGGCAUUGGCGGAGAAACUCGAGAAAGCCCUUGACAAUGCCCAAGGGUUUGGCGUUGCAUGA